AUGAGAGUUCUGCAUCGCCGGUUGCGCCGCCGGGGUGAUGCUGCUGUGCCACAAGGCUUGAUACAAUGGUCUGAUCAACCGGAUUCUUUGGCGACAUGGGAAGAUUUAGAAGAACUCAAGCAGCGUUUUCCGCGGGCGCCAGCUUGGGGACAAGCUGGACUUCAAGGAAAGGGGAGUGUUAACACUGGGCCUAGUGCCACUACCGACGAGACCGGUGUACGCUUCAUCACCAAGGAGGGCCGGCCCAGCAAGAGAGCCCAUCAUCCUUCCACUCGCUACGCAGACGGCAACUGGGUGUAG